AUGCCAGGAUCCGUCUUCUUCCAUCAGUUUGCCUGCAUUUCUGGAGCUGCAGGCGUGAUCGCAGGAGCAUUUGGAUCACAUGCACUCAAACAACGUCUGACGCCCUAUCAACAAUCUUCUUGGCAAACAGCAACAUACUAUCAAUUAAUCCACUCAGCAGCUUUGUUAUUCAUCGCCAAUCAACCUUCCAGUAGAGCAUUGCAAAUCAGUAGUAAUUGUUUCGCAACUGGAAUCACCCUGUUUUCGGGUAGUAUUUAUGGAUUGUGUCUCACGAAAGAAGGCGAUAAGAUUCGAUCAUUUUUGGGACCGGCAACACCUUUUGGCGGAAUGGCAUUCAUUGCUGGAUGGAUCGCUUUGGCCCUUGCACGUAGAGGCGGUGUACGAUUGGGAUGA